AUGAUCAUCAAAAGGAGUCAAAUAUUUAAAGACGCACUAAACCCCCCCGCACGCCACUCCACCCAGAAUCCCCUCAAGAACCUACCCACCAGCCAGGCUACAGUAGUUAACCCAUCCUUUGGCUAUAUAAUACGAAUGGAGCUCUAUGAGGAAGAAGAAGCGUCCUGGGGCCAUCAAGGCUACAGGCUCACCCCCCGCGACCUCCGCAGUGGAUCCGGGAUCUACUUUGAGUACAGAUGCUCACGGGACAAUACAGAGCGGGACAACGCAUACUACACCCCAGCUGAUCACAAAAAGGAGCACCAGAAGGGGAACGAAAAGCAGAACAAAAAGGAAGCCUAUGCCACCAAGCCUGCAUCCCGGACCGUCACCAAAGUUGCAAAUCUGCCGCUUGUUUUGGUAUCCUAUAAAGCCCACAUUCUUACCACCGCCACGCGAACCGUAUUAACCCAAUCGUUUUACCAUCCCGGAAAUGCACCAAUCGAUGAGGCGACUUAUCGCUUCCCACUAUACGCCGGUUGCUCCGUAGUGUCAUUUGUUUGCCAUGUCGGUCCGAGGAAAAUCAUCUCAGGUGUGGUUCAGCCAAAGAAGGUUGCCAAGGCGACAUAUGAGAAAGCCAAAUCCCAGGGACAUACGGCAGGUCUACUGAAGGCGUUCACGCCGGAGAUUUUUAAAACUAGUUUGGGGAAUAUCCCCGCUGGUGUUACGGUUAGGGUUGAGAUCACGUAUCUUACCGAGUUGAAACACGAUGCGGAGGUGGAUGGUAUCCGGCUCACCGUGCCCACUUCUAUUGCUCCAAGAUAUGGAGGCCCGCCAGAAGGGCUCUUUGGAGACAAAUACGAGACAGUGACUGGGAAGGGUAUGUCUUUCUCAAUUGAUAUAACAAUGGGAGAGAGGAUACGGACUAUCGAAAGCCCUUCACAUAAGGUAUCCGUCCAACUUGGAACCCAUAAAUCAACCACCAAAAGGAGGCCCAAUCUAGCGAACCAAUACGAUGACAAGAAGGCGCUUGUGACCUUAUCCCAGGGAUCUACGCAUUUGAGUGGAGACUUUGUCCUUCUUGUCACCACUGUAACGCCCAUGUUUCUGUACACCCCCAUGGCCCUGCUUGAAGCGCAUCCUACAAUACCCGGCCAGCAAGCUCUAAUGGUGACUCUUGUUCCAUGUUUCGCCGGCCUUAAGAGCAACCGCUCCAGAAAACGCGAGAUAGUCUUCAUAGUAGACCGAUCUGGGUCAAUGGAUUCCAUGAUCGCACCUCUAAAGUCCGCCAUGAAUGUCUUCGUUAAGUCAUUGCCCAUAGGAUGCAAAUUCAAUAUCUGCUCAUUCGGCUCCAAAUACUCAUUCCUCUGGGAGAAUUCACAAGAUUACUCCGCACAUACAGUAAGAGCUGCGUUAAACCUUGUGGACAACUUUAAUGCGAACAUGGGUGGAACCGAGUUGCUAGAACCCAUUCAGGAGACCGUGAAGAGGAGACUAGAAGAUGUGAAUACGGAGGUGAUCGUUCUGACUGACGGGGAGAUCUGGGAGGAGGAUCGGGUUCUAGGGUUUAUAAAACAAGCAACCGGGAACAGCAAAGGAAAGUUAAGGUUCUUCUCCAUCGGUCUGGGAUCGGAGGUCUCCCAUUCAUUGGUCGAGGGAAUUGCUCGAAUUGGUGGCGGUUACUCGCAGAUUAUUGCGGAUGGUUCAGAUGAACAGGAUAGAGGUGGAUGGGAAGGCAAAGUAGUGAAAAUGCUCAAGGCAGCAUUGACAGAACAUAUUGAUCAUUAUAGCCUGCAGGUCAUUCACGAUGGUUUUCACGAAACCGAUGAGGAAGAUAGUGAUGAUGAGGAGGAGGAGUCCAUACACCCCUCUGCUGUUACUCCUGGUACAGCCAAUGCAGGGAAAAGUAUGCCAGCUCCUCAAGCACCAAAGAAACUUUCACUCCUCGAUCCCGAUAGACAUUUCGACAUGACCUCCAAAAUCCCUCCUUCCGAUGACGAACUUCCCAUCGGAAGACCCGCGGUAACUGAGUAUCCUGGUUUUUCGGAAGACAGAUUCUCACAUCUGAAAAAGCUCGAGAACCCUGAGAUACUCCAGGCACCAUACCAAAUUCCACCGCUAUACUCACAAGUCCGGACUGUGGCUUAUCUUCUCAUUUCUCCCAAGGGAGAUCGUUCACUCCGAAAUCCCACCUCUGUGAAGCUGCAAGGAACCGCUCCCGGGAUUGAAAGAGAGCAAUUAAUUCCGAUCACCCGGCUUGCAGAGCCUGGUUUAACAAUUCAUCAACUCGCGGCACGUAUGGCUUUGAGAGAUUUAGAGGAUGGCUCAAGCUGGCUACACUCGGACAAACACGGAAUCAAUCACAAAGACGACACAUUCAGUGAAUAUGUUGAGAGAGAAGGGGAGUCCCUGUCGAUUAAAUGGGGCCUUGCAAGCAAGUGGGCCAGCUUCGUCGCAGUGGAGGAUGAGUUUCUGGAGAAGGAGGCCAGGGAGAAAGCUGACCCGAAAAUUAACGCAAUGAGGUCACAAGGCAACAGCAGCAUCGACGGUGAUGAUGAUUAUGCACUUCCUGAUAGCGGGUCAACUACCGAAACGCCUGCAGCCGCUUCCAUCAAAACUCCAGACACCGAUAGGCCAGAAGAUGCCGUUGGUGCUCUCUCCCAAGGAGGGCAAUUAUCAGCACCCAUAGUCGCUUUAAGGCUAGCGAAGGAUCCACUGUCCAUGGUUUCAGCGGGGAGAAUCCCAGGGGCUUUUAGCGUGAUGCACUCUGGACCUGAUAGCAUGUCAAUGCUACUGCAACCCCGCGAUGGUGUUGCAGACGGUGAUUGGGAUCAGAUGUCUUCUCCAGCUCCAGGACUAACCAGUCCAGUCACAGCAAGUGCGGCAUAUGGCGAGUUCCAGAACUUACAACAGGCUUCCAUAACUCUCUAUGAAUCUUGUGAACCUUUUAGCGAUGCACGUGGGCAGAUGGUAUUCAAUUCAGCACCCUCCCCUAGUUCCAGGUGCGAUAUUGGUAAAUUCAGCGAAGGUGCCUCCGAAAUAUCCGAGUAUGAUAUCCCCAUAGCCGAGACUGGAAUAAUACAGAGCGGAAAAGAAACAGAUACAGAAGAAAUAGAGGGAAACAAAGAAGAGAUACCAUAUUCAGGAAACUCUAGUGCCCCCUGGCCCAUGGAGGUACCUGUCCCACAUACACCAUGUACCGGUCACCGUAGCCACAAGCCCGCGUCGAUAUCGGCUCUCACUAGGUCCAACCCCAGCAAAAACAAUACACCGCGCCAGAAGGUUGUCAGGAUAAUAUGUCUGCAAGAGUUCAUGGGCUCAUUCCCCGUUACCAACGAAAUGGCGCAAUUGAUCGGACUGGAACUGCCGGACGUGGAGAACUUGACGAUGGAGUUGUUCUCGGACAAGGCCACAGAUGAGAGUAAGGCUCUGGUAAUGACAUCGCUGGUAGUGGCCUACUUGGAGUUAGAGAUGCACGAGCAUGAGGGUACCUGGCAGAUGGUUGUUGAAAAAGCGCGCGAGUUUCUGGAGGAAGGGUGUGAGAGGGUUGAGGCCUUAAAAGAGAAGGCUGAAGGAAUCAUUGAGGAGAAGGUUCUCAAGGAUGAUGAGGACUUGCCAAUGGGUGAUUCUGUGUGAUGUAUGGUGAUCAUAAAUGCUCACCCGAUGAUCGAUCAGGAAGCUUUUCCGGAUGAAGGUGGAUGUGAAGAACACGAAAUAAGUAACGUUUUUACGCAUGUACGGCCUCUUUUUCUUAGCUAUCGGAUCUCUAAGCAAUGAAAUUUUUUGUUCACAACCAGUAUCCAUUGCAUGACAUCCUAUGACCCAAUCCGCACCACGAGUCCAGCGCCCCAAGCAUAACCACUCCAGGACAGACAGAAACAACCAUCCAGACCCUCCGAAGCACGUAUCAUAGUAGACCACAAACACUGACCAAUCCACAGAAGGGAAACAAACCCCCCCACCUCCAAGGUCAACUAACCCAUACCCACCACCGCCACAAUGCCUAUCACACCGCAUCGCGGAAGAAAGCCCACGACAGGAUAAGCGCAAGCGCACCAGACCCCCCUCACGAAAGAUCUCAACAUAUCAUAAUAACAAUCAUUAUACAAUGCCCACCCACCGCGCGAACCUCCACGCCCACCACAACCGCAGAAGAAUACCCCUCACUAUCCAUUUCUAGAUUUCGAAGAAGAAAAAGAAAAGGAGGGAAAAGAAAAUAGCGUAGCGGUCCCGACGAAGCUCAAGUUAAACACUGACUUGGCCGCUAUUGCACCGCCGACUCUUCCGAUUCCUCGGGUAGCUUGCUUGAAUAGGUUAGGUGAAUGGUGGUGGUGGUGAGUGCGGUUUGUAUCAUACGAUAUCAAGUACUCUGGGGGGUUAUACUCUUUUGUGUUAUUCUCCCUAGUGUUGGUGUUCUUGCGAGUUGUAUAAGUCAAUGAAUGUCCCGUGCUCUUAAAGGCGAAGUUGAUUACUACAUCGUUUGGCCCAAGUUUCUGUGAGACGGGUUCUUCUAGAAGCUUUAGAUUAUGACAAGGCGUGGAUUUUGGAGGCAGUCGCUGUAUGAGAUGGGGAAAGCUUGUUAAAGGGUCUUAGAAGAGAGCGGUGGUUUAAAGCGCGGUUUGGGAGCCGGUACGAUAUUGGCAGACUAGCGAAAUAUCUUGAUUAUAAUACUUGUAAUUAAUGAGCUCAACCCGAUCUCCAAACUAUAGUAUU